CAUAGAGAAUCAUACACGGUUCGUAGAUCACAACAAGUGGAACAACCAAACGUAUCACCUCCGUGACUUCUCCAUACGUUUGAUGUUCUGGCUAUAUAAAUUUAUGACAGUCUUCGUAACUGUCUGCAGUAGUCUUUUCAUAACGGCUUAUCGAUGAAGUUCAUUCUCGUGGUCUUUGACGUAACGUUGAACUACCUUCGUGCUGACUAUCAUCAGUAAGUCCAACACCUGGAGAUCAAGCUUGUAGACUUCACCGAAGGAGACGAGCUGUGUGAGGAGAUUGUGCAAGUACUUUCAUCUAAAAUCGACAUCAUGAAGAGAGAGGCAGAGGCCGGCCCCAUGGCAGGCGGUGGAGGCCCAACAAAUCCUCAUAAGCGUUAUCGUCAAGGCGACGACGAACUACGGCUUCUUAUACCCAGCAAGGUUGCUGGUUCAAUCAUUGGAAAAGGCGGUCAGAACAUCACGAAGCUGCGCAGUCAGUACAAAGCCUCAAUCAUUGUACCCGAUUGCCCCGGACCCGAACGGGUCCUGACAAUCAGCUCAGAUUUGGAUACUGUUCUGCAGGUGGUUAACAAGGUUGUACCGAAUCUAGAAGAGAAUGGAUCGAAGCAUGGAAAUGACGAGAUUGACGUUCGCAUGCUGGUGCAUCAGAGUCAGGCUGGAUGCGUCAUUGGCAAAGGAGGAUUGAAGAUCAAGGAGCUGCGUGAGAAAACUGGAGCAAGGAUCAAGAUAUACUCCACCUGCUGCCCUCACAGCAGUGAUCGUGUCAUCAGUAUCUGCGGGAAACCGUCGACAUGUAUGGAAUGCAUACGUGAACUCGUUGCUACGAUUAAAACGUCUCCACUGAAGGGUGUGAACAACCCGUACGAUCCCCACAAUUACGAUGACUACUACGCUGAGGAAUACGGUGGUUACGGAUCAGGCGAGGGCCAGGGAAAACCAGGUGGAUUUGGCCCAGGUGGACGUGGCAGUGGUGGAGGUGGUGGUGGUGCUGGAGGUGGUGGUGGCCAGGGGAUGCCCCCGAGACGCGAUGUCAGAGGUGGAGGACCACCUGACAUGAAUCGAGGCUUCCCACCACCACCCCGAGGUGGACCACGUGGGGGUGGUGGAAUGUCUGGACCACCAGAUCGUGGAUACGGAAAUUCCCGGGGUGCUGGAGGCGGAAGUAGUGGUUACGAGGGAGGAAAUCGUGGUGGGUUCACUGGAAAUAGAGGGGGACCACCGGCUUUCGGUGGUGGAAAUUACAAUGACAAUGGAUGGGGUAUGCAGGGAAGUGCUCCCAAUGGUAUUGGUAGUGGAGGUAAUUCGGGAAUGGGAGGACCACCCAUGGGAGGAAAUAACCAGAGCAGCCCGGGGGGAAUGGGGGGUAAUAAAACAAGUACUCAAGUUACAAUUCCGAAAGAGCUGGCUGGAGCCAUCAUCGGCAAAGGUGGUGCGCGAAUUCGAAAAAUAAGAUCAGAUAGUGGAGCGGGAAUAAUAAUAGACGAACCAUUACCCGGUAGUAAUGAUCGCAUUAUCACCAUUACCGGACUGCCAAAUCAAAUACAAAUGGCGCAGUACCUGUUACAACAGAGGUAAUUAUCAAAAUUGUUCACGAUAACGCAGAUCACUACUAAAGCUGCAGAAACGACGAAUGAAAAGGGGGAGCCAAAGACGUGUUUAUAACAAUUUUUUAUUCUCUUUUUUUGUUUUGUUAAGCAACAAAAUAUUCACCGCAAAACGUCUGCCCAUUGUGGGGGCGAAAAAAAAAAACAUUGAGGACAAUUUAUGCCUGGGGAUUUGUAGUUUUGAGUGAAAAAGAAUAAUCACCAGGGAAAUAAUGAAACAUGUCACAGGCAGGGAUGAUCACGAGCCUUGAUGUUGAGAAGACCAUAUUUUUUCAGAAGACAAUUUCCAGCAGAUUAAAAAUGAAACCCAGCAAUUCAAUGUAGUGUAUUUACUUGAGAGAAAAAACAAGAAUUAGAAGAAUUAACGCCUUAGACUUCUAGAUUCACUGGCCGUUGGCCAAUGCGCUGGUAUAUAUGUAAGAAAUUAACAUUAAUCAUCAAACAAAUGGUUUUUCAAAAUGAGCAUUCAUCGCUUAAUUAGAGGAAACAUUCAAUUUCUUUUUUUUUCGUUCUUUUUAUUAUAAAAGUUUUCCUUUGUGCAUUUUUUCGGAUGUAUUUAUCAGUUUCAAUGUAAAUAGGCAAUAAGUUUACUUUUGAAAAUCAACAUACACUUUUAAUUUUAUUUUAGCAGAUAGACCCUUACGAUUCCAUCGUUCAUUUCGUACAAUUUUUCACGCUAUGAGAUAUUGAAAACUCGAUUAAUCGUGUUUUCGUUGUUUGCAAGACGCUAUUCAACAAAAAUGAAAAUUCAAAUCAAACAUACAGCCGACGAGUGAGGAGAAAAAAAUAUAUAUGAUAUAUCAUGGCCUAUAUCUUUUCGAGAUUGUGUACAAUAAUAGAUAACUGUUAAGAUAACCAUUGCUAGGGGUAUGGAAUGAUUGAAGAUUCAAUCCAUCAUGUAGUCACUCUCAUCCACACGACGAUAAGAGGAAAAGAAAUAGGAGUCAAUUCCAUUUCCAGCUUUUUUUAUUCUCAGUUUCGAAUAUUUCCAGUAACACAAAAGUGGCAUCGACGAAGUACAUUGUAAAUAGAGUAAUAACAUUUAAUCUAGAUGGUUCUUUCUCUUCUUCAUCGAUUAUAAAAAAAUCAUUUCCAAUGCACAGAUUAUUUCAGCAAUGAAUAUUAACACGACUAUGAAAUAAUUAAUACUAAUCGAGACCUUAACGAGGACCCACUCCCAUCUGAUGAAUAUAUCUAUAGUCUAGUUGAUUUAAUAUUGCAUUAAUUAACUUCAUUAAGCUUAAUGAAAGGGUGAGAUUUCGAUGGAAAAGUAUCGCCAAUGAAGACAAAGCUAGAGUAAAGAUGAAUAAAAAAUCUUAUUGUGUGAAAUUGAAGUGAAUGAUGAAAAAUUAGUUGAUAAAAAUACGAGAGGACAGGGGGGAGGGGGGGAGGAGUUAUUUGAUUGACGAUACAACGAUUGUCCAUCGAUCCAACCUUUGCUACUUCUCUCAUAUUCAUGAUAAGAUUUAUGUUAUUUAAGUAGAUCGUGUGUCUUGCUGACUGAGCUCGACUAGGUAUUUCAGAUGAAAAAAGUAAAAGAAUCGAUGAAAUUCAUCCCGCUGUAGUGAUUAACUUGUCGUUUAUUCAUUUUCUUAUCACUUGGCUAUCACUAACUAUCCUCAGGAAUAUCGCAAGGGCAUUUGUAUAUCACUGGCUGACAUUUCUCGUAUAAUUUUUCUUGUUUUUUUUCCAAUCGUUACAUUACUGGAUCAUGAGUCGGAUGUUUUUAUCAAUCAAAACAAUCAAUAAAUUGUAUUAAAAGUAAUUUUAAUAUUCAGACACGUGUAUCGGCAAUUGAAAUGUGCAUUUCCUUUUUUUAUUGUAAUCGAGUAAUACUAGGGAAGAAUAAUACUAGAGGAGGAACGUAAAAGCUGUUGAACAAAUGAGAUAGUGUGGAUGACGACAAAUUGAAUUAACGAAAAAAAAAAAACAUUGAUGAUGAUAUAGAGAUUUAAUUGAUUAAUGAGACAAAUACUGGUGAAGACACAAAUAUGCGUGUAUUACAACAUAAAGUUUACAGUUAUUUGUAAUGAAUACUUAUUAUUUGUCGAAUAAAAAUUAGUACAAACAUCA